AUGCCGAGCGGUAAAGAGUCGGAGAUAACCAAAGCAUCUAGGCGAAUAGUAAUCUUGAUUCUAAUUGCUACGGUUCUCAUCUUCGGCAUACCUUUGUAUAGAGAAACAACAAGCAUAUAUAGAGCUGAGCUACCUGGUGACGAAAUUCAAGAACUAUCUAAUACACUUAAAGAGAGAGUCCAUUUUAACACGAAAGUGUACUUAGAUCUAGAUGAUUCUUUUAGCUAUAUGAUUCCACAAGCGGAAUCAUUGAUAAAAAAGAAGUUGAAUGCAUUGAACGAGCAAUUGUUGAAUGUAAGGUCCAUUGAACUACUUCGAAAGACGGAGCCGAUUGAUUAUUACAGUGACUACAUCUUAACAAUCAAGCAUGUGAAAGAUGACCAGAAAAAGACUGAACAGUUUGAUAUCACCCCCUUAGCAAAAGCAAUAACGAUAUAUUUUACAGAUGAAAAUUUGAAUAAGAUAGACGAGAUGAUCGCUAACGUAUUAGUAGAUCACAUAUUCAAAGAAGAAGUUCAGGAAUUCAAUAACUUGAUGAAGGGAAUGUCAAAGCCUGUUGAAAAAGAUUUAGUGAUACCCUAUUCCCCGAAAUACAACGUUGUAUUUUCUUUAGUAAUCGAAAACGGAAGAUCAGUUGCAUGGGAAAUCGACGAAGCAUUACUGUUAUUCACCCCUUUAUUUGAUAGGCUAAAGCACUUCACAAACUUUACUGUAAGUACACAAAUUCAGCGUUAUUGUUUCUUAACGUCUGAACCGAAAGAGGAUGCAUCCGGAAACUUCUUGAUCGAUGAACCAAGCUUAUCUACUUUUGUCAAUUAUGGAGAUUGGAACUUGGUUAAUUACGAUAUAAACCCCACGAUCAACUUCAUAGUUUACUUUCCAAAAGUAAAUUUUGAUGGCAAACAAUUGAAGAUCGAAAAUAGCAAAUCAAACUCAUUCUUAAUUCCUCAAUGGGGAGGCGUUUACAUAUUUAACAAAGAUAUGCCGAUACUUUCAUCAAGCGAGGUUCUAAUUCCAGAUACUGAAUUAUCCCCUAUAAUGGAGGUAUUUGCUUCCCAGCUCGUUCGCUUAUUGGGUAUGCCUAGCUGUCCAAAAUCUCUUCUUACUAGGAUUGACAUUCUAUCUCGAUUAACGAUAUAUAAUAACUUGAAAGGUUCCUUAGACAAUUUGGUCUCAUUAAUUAAGUUGACAGAUUCUUUAAGUGAGAUAUCGAUUCCAAGCUCUACGAGAACACACGUAUUGGAGGCUUUGGAUUGUAUUAGAACUUCCAUAGCAUUAGUGAACAAAUCAAAAUUUUCCGCCGCAAUGGAAUACUCUUCAAAAGCGUUGCUUAGCUCAAACAGAGCCUUUUUUGAAAAAGAAAUGGUUCAGCAAACAUAUUUUCCUAGUGAGCAUAAGUUAGCAGUGUUUUUGCCAUUGCUUGGGCCAAUGUGUUCUAUUUUAGUGUUAGGAUUGAUCAAGCUCGUGAAAGAGUUCAAAAAAGAGAGAAAACUCAAAAAAGAAUAA